AUGGGGGAGGGUGAAGGUGAGGGGAGUGAUUGCGCUCCAAAGAAUGUUUUGCCUAACGACGUAGUCGGGAAUGCGCUUUUGUCGUCCGAUGUUCCCGCCAAGAAGCUUGCCAGGCAGCUCGAUUUCACUGGCUUCGGCGGGAUUCCGCCUCAGCCACCGGUGGUUUUGCCGCUGCCGCCUUCUGCUUCCGUCAGGGUUGGGAAACCAGAAUCUCCUAAGUCAAGACCGAGGCCUGGCUUUGAAAUCAAAGAAGCUACUCCCAAGAAGCAAAAGCAGUGCAAUUGUAAACAUUCCAAAUGCUUGAAGCUAUAUUGUGAAUGUUUUGCUUCGGGAAUAUAUUGUGAUGGUUGCAACUGUGUAAAUUGUUAUAACAAUGUGGAAAAUGAAACUGCUAGACGAGAAGCGGUAGAAGCUACUUUGGAACGCAAUCCAAAUGCGUUCAGGCCGAAAAUUGCAAGCAGCCCUCAUGGAACGCGUGAUAGCAGGGAGGAUGCUGGGGAAAUUUUGAUAUUGGGAAAGCACAACAAGGGGUGCCAUUGUAAAAAAUCUGGGUGUCUCAAGAAGUACUGUGAGUGCUUCCAAGCCAACAUUCUUUGCUCUGAAAAUUGUAAAUGCAUGGAUUGCAAAAACUUUGAGGGCAGUGAAGAGAGACAGGCUUUGUUCCAUGGAGAUCAAAAUAACAACAUGGUCUAUAUUCAGCAGGCGGCCAAUGCUGCCAUAACUGGAGCUAUUGGUUCCUCUGGCUAUUCAUCACCACCAAUAACAAAGAGAAGAAAAGGUCAAGAACUAUUAUUCGGACCAACCGUCAAGGAUCCAUCAGUUGGCCGGCUGGGACAUCAGGCAAACAAUGUCAGAGUUCCUGCACCCUCCUCGUCCUUGUCACCUAUCCCAAGUGCUCGUGUUGGACCGGCAACAUUAGGUCCCUCCAAAUUAAUGUACAGGUCUCUUUUAGCAGACAUCAUACAGCCACAGCACCUGAAGGAACUUUGCUCAGUUCUGGUGCUAGUAUCUGGACAAGCCGCUAAGACAUUUACAGAGCAGAAAAAUUUAAUGGAUAAGUAUGCAGAAGAUCAGACAGAAACUUCUCUUGCUUUUUCAACUCAGGAUCAAUUACUAAGCCAAAAGGAAUCUAAUGUUGAGAAAGCUAUGGCUGAUGAUGAUUGUUUGAGUGCAAACCAUACAGAUAAAAUCAGCCCAGAUAAUUCUUGUUCAGAUGGUGCUGAUGUCCCAAAAGGGAGGCCAAUGUCUCCUGGAACCUUAGCAUUGAUGUGCGAUGAGCAAGACACGUUUAUGACAGCUGCCUCCCCUGUUGGAUCAAGGCCGCAUGCUUGCAACACAUCUAUACAACCCCAUGAUGGACAAGGAGUGACAGAGGUCUAUGCCGAGCAAGAAAGGAUUGUAUUGACAAAAUUUAGAGACUUUCUCAAUAGGGUUAUCACUAUGGGAGAAAUAAAUGAAACAAAAUGUUCUUCGUUAGCUAGAAGUGAUUUAGAGAGUCCAAAGGACCCGGACAACAAUUGCACUGGAAAUACCAGUACCGAGACAGCUGAUCAGCCGGGAGCCACUAAUAAUGGUGUUGCCAAAGCUGGGGGCAGCAUUACUUCUACAUCUUUGUUCCCUGGUGGUAGCCUUAUUCCUGAAAAGUAG